AGUCCCGGUGCGUACCGUGUGCGCGUGAGGAGGCGACGGAGCGCGGUGGUGGUUUACCGGAGAGUCCAUACACACAAACCGAUAGAGAGAUAACAGGAGGAAGGAAAAGAGAGAGAUAGAGAGAUUCCUGGUGGACGUGUAAAAUGGCGCGAGGGGACACGAGUCCCGGGGACCAGCGCUUGUCCUAGGACGCAGAGGAAACCCCGCUCUCUCUCCCUGUCUCUCUCUCUCUCUGUCUGUCUCUCUGUCUGUCUGUCUGUCUGUGGUGUGGCUUUGUUUUGAUCCGCGCACACAUUUGGGGAAAGUGAUGAACAUGGCGACGGAAAGGCGCCUCCUGGCUGCUGCGCGUCUGUUCGGCAUCUGGCUCUCCGCGCUGCUCGGCGUGAGCUGUGGAGCCGAGCUGUCCUUCACUCUGGAGCCCAGUGACAUCAUCGCGGUUCAGGAACAGCCGCUGAUGCUGCACUGUCAGGUGGAAGGGAUUCCACCAAUCACGACGCAGUGGAGGAGGAACGGUGUGCUCUUAUUGGAGGAUAAGAACUAUGCCACGUUCAUUAACGGCUCGCUGCUGAUUGGCCGAUUCCAGAGGAACGACGAGGGAGACUACGAGUGCGUGGCCCAGAAUUCCUUUGGGCUGGUUGUCAGCCGCAAGGCCAAAGUGCAGGCUGCCACGAUGGCGGAUUUUCAUGUGCAGCCGCGAUCAGUGCGAGCAGAUUUAGCAGGUGUCGCACGUUUUCAGUGCCAAAUCCACGGCCUGCCCGAGCCGGUCAUCAGCUGGGAGAAAGACGGCCGUGAUGUGGACACGAGUGAUGAGAGGUACACGCUGUUACCCACAGGUGUGUUACAGAUUACAGGUGUUCACCCGGAGGACGGCGGAGUUUUCUGCUGCGUUGCUCACAACAGUGCAGGAGUCAAACACAGCGCUGGAGCUCGUCUCACUGUCUCAGGCUCACAGUCUUCUGUUUACAAAGACCCCAUGAUCCUCGUUGGCCCAGAGAAUCUCACUCUCACCGUGCACCAGACGGCCAUUUUGGAAUGUGUGGCUACGGGAUUUCCCCGCCCCAUCGUGUCCUGGAGCCGCCUCGAUGGGCGUCCAAUCGGAGUUGAAGGAAUCCAGGUGUUGGGGACAGGGAACCUGAUGAUCUCAGACGUCCGUGUGAAGCACUCAGGCGUCUACGUCUGCGCAGCCAACAAACCAGGAACACGUCUGCGUCGGACAGCUCAGGGUCGCCUGGUGGUGCAGGCUCCAGCGGAGUUUGUUCAGCCUCCUCAGUCCAUCGCACGGCCGGUCGGCACCACCGCCAUCUUCACGUGCCUGGCGCAGGGCGAGCCUACGCCUCAGCUCACAUGGCUGAAAAACGGCCAGAUCCUGGAACCUGGUGGCCACGUCAAGCUCAGGAACAACAACAGCACGCUGACCAUCUCCAGCAUCAGCCAGGAUGAUGAAGCGAUAUAUCAGUGUAUCGCGGAGAACAGUGCCGGCUCGUCUCAGGCCAGUGCCCGUCUCACAGUCCUGUGGGCCGAUGGGUUACCGGGCAUCCCGACUGGAGUGCGUGCUGACGCCCUCUCGCCAACAUCCAUACAGGUGUCGUGGAACGAACCAGCCCAGAACACACAGGACAUCAUCGGCUACGUGUUGCACAUCCGCAAGACAGCAGACCCGAUGGAAAUGGAGUAUCAGGAGGCAGUGAGUAAAGUCACGCUCCAGCAAGUGGUUGCUGAUCUCGAACCCUCCACAAGCUACAGCUUCUAUGUGAAGGCCUACACGUCCCGUGGAGCGAGCAAAGCCUCUGCCACAGCCCAGGAGAGCACGCUCGGAGAAGUUCCCGCUCCUCCGUAUCUCCACACUAAGAUGGUGGACUCCAACGUGGUGCAGGUGUCCUGGGAGCCGUCCACUAAAAUGGGUCAGCACGACGGCUUUAAGCUUUAUUACCGCAAAGCCCAUGAGCCGCAGUACACGGGCCCCGUCACCUUCUCCCGCAAUGGCACACACUACAACAUCUCACUGAUGGAUCCAGCAGCAGUGUAUGAGAUCAAGGUUCUUGCAUUUAAUCAGUAUGGAGACGGAAACGCAACUCUGCGCUUUGUAUCUCUGAAGGAGUCGGUGGAGAAAUCAGUCUCGAAUACUCCAUGUGAUUGUAUCAAGGAGGAACAGAAUAAAAGUUCCACUACCGGCAUCAUCAUCGGCGUCCACAUCGGAGUCACCUGCAUCAUCUUCUGUGUCCUGUUUCUCAUGUUCAGCUACCGGGGAAGGUUAUUGGUGUGUAAGACUGCUCAGGCUGCUCCUCAGGUAGGUCGUGAUGUGACGGUUCCUGCAGCAGCUGUGGUUCUGGAGUCCUCCUCGUCUUCACAGGGAGCUCUGGCCCUCAACGGCCUGCACACCUCCAGCAUUGACAGGAACGGUGUGAAGUGCAUCGGCGUCUCCAGUGAAAGGGAAAGACUCGUCUCAGGUCCAGCUGAUGCUGCACACAUGAUGGAAAACUUCUCUUGUUCGCUAAAUGAAACUCAGAUAUCCACACUUCCUCUGGAUGAUUUGUGCCUGAUGGAGGAACACCAGGUACCUUAUCGUAACGAAGUCCAGGUGGAUGAAGGAUAAACGUGAGCUGGUGUCGUCAAAAUCCACUCAGUAAAUUCCUCUCCCUCUCAGGUCAAAUAAAAAAUUUCCUAUUUUCCGUUUUUUUUCCCUUGUUGUUUUUUUAUUUGAACUUCGCAUAGAGUUUAUGAGUUAAAUACACACAUUAACAGGGAAUUCGCUGGACUCUGUAACUGGGAGAGCGUUUAAAAAGAAAAAAAGAAAAAGGUGUAAUUCUGCCACGGACUGAUUUCAUCAUUGGAAGGGGAAUAAAGUGAGAUUUUUAAAAUUUUAUUAUUAUUUUUUCCACCAGCAGCACAAAGACACACUUUUUUGUUUGUUUGUUUUUCUUUGGUGAAAAGACCGAGUCCUGCUGCCUGCUCUCAGCCUGCCAAUGAUUUCACAGCCCCAUCCAGCGAAGACUUCAGCCUUUUCUCCAGGGAUUUUAAAUGACUUGUAUUAUCUCAGGAUGUUUUUCUUCCACGAUAUCAAUCUAUUUUUCUUUAAACGGCCUCCGUGUUUUAAAUCAUGGCGGCUCUCUCCCCGUAUCCUGGGGUUUACAACAGAAACCUACCUCAGCCAGAAUGAAUGUGUUGGAAACUUUUUUUGUUUGUUUGUUUUUAUUUUUGCAUUUCUGCGUCGGUUCAGUGUGUUGGGUUUCUUUUACAUGUCAAGAAAACGUUCAGUCAGAAAACAAGAAGAAAACAACAAGAAUGGGUGCUGCCCUACCUCAACCACCAAGAACCACCGUUCACCUUCUCUCGUUUAAGGGAAAACGAGGGAAAAUAUCCAACAUCCAACGUAUAGCACUUCCAAACGUCGAAGUCAAUGUUCUACCUCAAGAUAACAACACCGUUGUUGUCGUUGUACUUCAUUUUUCAUAAUGAAAUGUAUUUCUUUCUUUUCUUCUUGGCUUUUUUUUUCUUUUUUUUUUUAAAUGUGUGUACCUCAUUCGACUUCACGGAUGCCAUCAUUAUAAAUUCUGCCAUUUCUUCUCCACAUUUUAUCGGGUUUAUAUGUAUUUUCUUUUUUUUUCAUAUAAAAUGUACAUUUGAUCUGAAUCUAAGGACUGUUAGAGAUGUAUUGCACUUCUACUAAUAAUUUCAGGAUCAGUUUUUAUUCCAUUCACCGUGUGUUAUGAAGAGAAGAUGAGAUACUGUAUAUGAGGCGCAAUCACUGUAUGUGUGUACAAACAUCUGUGCGGUGGACAUCUGUUAACGUAUCGUUUGACAAUGAGAAGA